AUGACCUAUAAACUUCGUUUACAGUUACUCAUAACAGAUUACGGUAUGUUCCACUUCUGCUUAGACGACACUGAGCAUGAUUGGAGAGAGGGGACUGAGCAGUACAGGGUCCUUGAUUAUUCUUCUAACAAAUGGUAUGGAGAAGAAGGUUCAUUUGCAGAGCCCAUGGAAAGGGAAAGCUUGGUAAAGCUCUGGCGAAAGUACAAGGUGGACAUUGCAUUCUAUGGCCAUGUUCAUAAUUUUGAAAGAACUUGCCCAUUUUACCAUCGCAUAUUCGCAUGUUUGGAGUGGUUGGCUGGAUUCACUGGAUGGGAUCGAUGA